CUGUUGUUGCUGUGGCUGCCUCUGCUCCCGCUGCUCCAGCUGCUCGCUGCUGCCGCUGCCGCCGCCGUUGCCGCGCCGGUGACGGGUCCUUUUCUUCCUCUUUCCCAGACUUUGGCAAGUUAAAGAUGGCUGAAGUGAUAAAACAGGAAACUCAGCUGUGUGACAACUGCAAAAGAGAAAUUCCCAUGCCCAACUUUACUAUUCAUGAAAUUCACUGCCGACGAAACAUUGGCGUGUGCCAUGUCUGCAAGGAGCCGGUCCCCAAAUCGGAAAUGAAGGCCCAUGUGGAGCUGGAGCACAGCCAGGUGACCUGUAAGUGCAACAUGAAGAUGGAAAGACAGCAGUUGGCGAAUCACGAGACCCUGGAGUGCCCCUUGAGGCUCGCUGUCUGCCAGCACUGUGAGCUGGAACUUGCCUUCCUCAAACUGAAGGAUCACGAGGAUUACUGCGGGGCCCGCACCGAAUUAUGCAGCAAGUGUGGCCGAAACAUCAUGGUGAAAGAUCUCAAGGCUCACCCUGAAGUGUGUGGGAAAGAGGGGGAGGGAAAGAGAGAGGCGAGAGCCAGGCCUGCUCACGGCUAUGAGAGUGAGGAAGAGGAGGAGGAGGAAGAGGACGAGGAAGAAGAGGAGGAAGAGGAAGAGGAUGGAGCGUGGUUCAUCGCACAGACUGUUCAGAAUAUGCUGGGGCCUGACCAUCCCUCCAGAUCCCUGCAGAAGCUCUCAAGGUCCCUGGAGGAGCCCUUUUACAACCGCCUCCUACCAGACCAGCUAGCAAGAAUUCCAAACCGAGGGGCUGAUUCGACCCUGCAGCCGGAGCAGAAUCGAGCAGAGAAGCAGGAGAGGCUCGUGGGGAGGAAAAGCCAGCCAUCCCCCCCAGCAUCUGGUAACGAAGAUGCCCAUUUGGACUACAUGCUGGCCCUGAGCCUGCAGAGUGAGAGCGGGGCCCCGAGCAGCACGGCCGCCCACCUCGAGGACUUCUGGAGAGCCGUGUGCGCCGAAGACCUUCGCCAGGCCCAGGACACUGAGCCUUUCCUCACCACAGAGACUCUCAAAGAGUCGAAGAAUGAGGAGACCAUGCUGCCUUGUGAAUUUUGUGAAGAGCUUUAUCCUGAGGAGGACCUGAUUCUCCACCAGACGGGCUGUAAUCCCGCAAGUGCCCUGGCGUCGUUCAGUAAGAGAAGCUCUCCCCCGAGCCUGUCCCAGGACCGCGGAGACCGCGAGGAGCAGCUUCAGAGGAUCCUGGACCUGCCGGCCACGCGGGCCAGCGGCGGCAGGCUCCGCUCCCUGCUGGAUCUGUCUGCUGCACCGUCUGGGGAGAGCAGCGUCAUCAUUCCCUGCGAAUUCUGCGGUGUCCAGCUAGAGGAGGAAGUGCUUUUCCACCACCAGGACCAGUGUGACCUUCGCCCAGGUAGCGCAGUGCCUGUGGAAUGGUUGCUUCCUGCCUGUAAAUCUCUUCCUAAACAAGACAACUUGCAACCGGAGACAUCGCCCGAGCUGCCCAGGCGGCGGGUCCGACACCAAGGAGACUUGUCUUCUUGCUAUCUGGAUGACAUACGGCAGGAAGCAGCUGGCAAAACAACCUACCCCCUACCCCCCAGCAGGCCCGCCAGCAGCAUAGGGCUCGCCCGAAACAGACUGUCCAAAGGAGUGUUGGACCCUCGGCCCGGGCUCCUGCCGAGCUCUCCCCGCGUGCUGAAGGCCAGCAACUUGGAGAGCCUGGAACCCAGAACGCAGAGUCGCAAGAACCACAGCCCGGCCGCGGGGCCCAUCUCUGCCAUUCGGCCCGCUCGAGGCUUGUACCCUGAGAAUUAUGUGCCCAGCUUCCCCCGGAUACCUCCGGUGAGACACGGAUUGAGUGUGAGAAACGAGGUUGGAAGGAACUCUCGCAUCACCCCCACCGCUGCCAACUUCCGAAACAGGACCACAAAGACAAAAUCUCCUAAACCAGCGGCUGGGGACGCUGAGGAAGAGGAGGAAUAGCCUUGGGGCCGGAGGCUCAGCUUGGCGUUCACCUCCUUCUGUGCCCAGCGGCGCCUGCCCUGGUGCGAGAUGCCGGCUCUCUGAUUGUUCCAGCAGAGAACCGCGUAUGGAUUUUAAUUUUUCUAGGCAGCAUUUUCUAACUUUUUACAUUGUGAAGCGGUCAGCGGGGAGGAUUGUUUAGAGCCCAGUGAAGGCCCCUUGGUGUUCCGCCUCUGCCCGUGGGCCACAAGGAAGGCCAUCUCCUCGCCGAGACGGAGAAGCCGGGCCAUGAGAGCCUCCCCCUUCUCGGACGGGCCUUGUGUCUGCAGCAUCAGGGAGGGUGGAUGGGCCGAGGCGCCAGGCCGGCCCCCUCCUGCCGCCUGGGCUGUCUGUGAAGUCCUCCUCCUGCCGCGUGGGGGGAAGCUCGUCAGUGUUUGGGGGGCCUUCCUGUAGCCGGCCGACCUGGGCCUCUUCUCCGUGCUAAUUCUGAAAUUCCCAUCCUGAACGUGAGACUUCCCUCGGGUUGGGGAACUCCGGCUGGGGGACGUCGGUUCUCAGCGCAAAGUGGAGCCGACAGCAGCCUCCAUGUUUUCAAGGCAUAGGCCCCAGAAGCUCUGCUCAGGUCCCCUGGGCAGUGUCCUCCCGGGCUCAAAGAGCAGCGCCCCGCGGGAAGUCUGGGGGCUGCCGCUUAGGAAAUCUCCCCCUCGGCUCCCUGCUGGGGCUUCUGUCUGAACACGGGCCAUCUUACUGGGUGGCCCCCGGCCCCCAGCAGGGUGGUUCCCCCUCACCCCAAGCAGUUCUACAGUUGGCUCUGAAGAGAAAGUUUCAGAGUCCCUUGUAUUUUGGUUGUUGUUUUUUUAAUUUUCAUUUUUUUAAAGUUCCCAACAAUAGAAAUAAAAUUUGUACUUGAAGUACA